AUGAAAACAGAACUACUUGUUGGAAUCACUACAGCCGCAUUCUUCAUCGUUUAUUUUCUAACGAGAGCACGGCGCAGAAAACAGAACAAGCGGCCUGUAAAACCUGGCACAGUUGUCUUGCAUCAGUUUCUUCCCUCGCCCUUAUCUUUGAGUGGCUCUCCGCCAUGUUUAAAACUAGAAACGUUCCUUCGCAUGGCAAAGAUUCCAUACGAGAGCAGAUAUGGCUUGAAAUUCUCUAAAAAGGGUAAAAUUCCGUGGAUUGAGUUUAACGAGGAAGAAAUCGCCGAUUCCAACUUCUGCAUUCGGUUUUUAAGGAACGAGUUCAAAGUUGACGUUGACUGCUCUCAUUUGAGUGACGCAGAAAAAGGACUUGCUCACAGUAUUCAAACCACGUUGGAGGAGAACACGUAUUGGUAAGUGUUGCUUCGAUCGUUUUUAUUCCCUUUCCUUAAAAUUUCUCGUUUGCCUAAGGUGAGAGGCACUUGUAAGCUUCGCGCGGAUUCGAAUGAUUACGUAAUCCCCACUACAGAGGACAGUUAGGGUCACGCUACACAAUCAUUUCUCAGAGCCGAUAUUGGAGCUUGCUGUGCAGUUGCCUGAUAAUGUAAUUGCUACAUGCACAGUAGCUGUUGUGCUUGGUGGCGUUUCUUUUAGUCUCGUUUUCCAGUCUAGUAGUUUAUUGAAAAUUAAUUGAAGAAACACAAACAAACUGCUAUGUAUAAUCGUUUUGCAUAAACGUUAAAGAUUGACCAAGUAAUACACCAUGUUCGACGGUUCAGUUACCUCUUUAUAUCGCACCUUGCAUCUGCUAUGGAGAACUAACAAACCGAUAAGCAAACCAGGGUGAAACUGGCCUCAAACAAAUGAGACUGGAAACCAAUUAGAUUUCUUGCGUGUUCAGGCAGUAGACUGCCUGUGAAUAGGAAAAUUUGGCAAAAGAGACAAAUUUUCUCCAAAUUUUCCGUGUAUAUUUUUUUUUGCUGCGCUGUUACCUAGAUUAGAAUACUUUCAGUCCAGUCUCUAAACGACGACCUAUGUUGGAGUCUCAAACCUUUGUGUACACCACACUAAGUGUUUGAGGAAAAUAAAGCUGCAGAGCUUUUUUGUCUUGAAUGGUUGCAAAGCGCUAUUACUGAUGCUGCUCAAUUACCUGCCGCUGUUUGGCGAUAUGAGCCCGCGCUCCCCAAACCCCUUAUCUUCUCGGGCAGGAGCGAAGGCCGGACACGUGAGAGCGGCGGAAAUCGAAACUGCUGUCCAUGAUGUUUCUGAUGUUCCACGUCAGCGUUACUAAUGUUUCGCGAUGCUUUUGAACAUAGUUGCUUUUGAGUUACUAGUGUUUCGCGAUGCUCUCGAAUGUCGUUGCUUUUGAUUUUUUGUUGCUAUUUUUGUCAAUAUUACAUCGUUGGUGUCACUGAAGUCGAAUUGUUUUUGUAAUACUUUGAUGGGAGAUUUUAUCAGUUUGUCUUAAUUGACAGGCUGCAAUGAAGAAGGUGUUCUGCAUGGUCUGAAAGUGGGGGUUGAAGGGAGGGUGGCAGGCAGAGGAAUAACCGGCACCUGAUAGGCUAGCAUCGAAUCCAGGAUACAACGGCGUUUAUCGAACUAAUCUCGUAUAGAAAAUUACUCGUUCAACCACGUAAAGCAGAGUGUCUACAGACCAUUGCUGCAAAGUACUUCAUAUUUAAAUUACUUGAGGUAAAACCCUUACGUAUACUCCUUUGUCCUUUACAGGGCCCUUUUUUAUUACCGCUUUUUUUCACCGGACUAUGCCAUGUAUACGCGAAUGCAGCUGUUUGGGCAUUUUUCCUGGCCACUCAGAUAUCUGAUAUUCUACGUUAUACAGAAGCGAUGUAGAAGAGAUGUGUGGUCUCAGGGCAUUGGUCGACACUCCGAACAGGAGAUCUAUGAAAUAGCUGAGAGGGAUCUUCUUGCAGCGUCCGCAGUUUUAGGGGAGAAGAAAUUCCUCUUUGGAGAUAAACCCUGUCUCGCUGAUGCUGUCCUUUUCGCCUUUGUUGCAUGUGCCUCGUGGAAUUGUCCUCAAAGUCCUUUUGCCCAGCUCACCAAGACUAAAGCGACAAAUCUUGAGCGGCAUGCUCAGCGAAUGAAAGAUCUCUACUAUCCCGACUGGGAUGAAAUCACUAGGAAGCUUAAAUCUGACUGAAUUCUUGGCAUCGUAGAGAUUUUUUUUUUAUUCCUUAUACUGUUUAUUAUUUUAAUUCAUAACUAAAAAUUCUGAAUGACUUUGUAUAAGAGUACUGGCAAAGAAUAUGCGUGGAUUUGCUCACGAUUAAUACUAAAUCUUUGUACCGAUUGAGAGCCGUUUUGCAAUACAGUAAGGUUAUAACAAAGUCAGAAUAGGGCGCUACAAAUGUAGUCGAAACGAAGAUGGUUCGCUAUAUUACACUCCAUUGUUAAUUCUAAUUAUGAUAAGCAUUGGUAAUAGAACUGAGUGGAGUCCAGGUUGGUCGGUAAUCAUGCGAGCGGUAACAAAAUCGGACGACCGCGCAGCGGAUUCGUAUGAUUACAGACCGAAUUGAACGACACGAAGUCCUGUUACCAAUUAAUCAUAAAAUUUACUGUUUCCGAUUAAAGGAGAAUAGCCAAAUUAUGAGAUUCUAUACAAUGUUUCUAUGGUAAUUGAAAUCAUGUUUGUGAUCACAUGAUUGGUUGAUGUAAACUACAGCUUUAAAUGUGACAUAUUUAAUUGUUCGAUAACAACUUGGCACGCGAAUUAGCGGAAAAUACGAGUUUUUUAAACCAAUUACAACCGAGGAAAAUGUAAUUAUAUUUUUAUGAUUACUAGGGUAAAAAUGGUGACAUAAUAUUCUAAAUCUACUGUUAUCUAUGUUAUCAAGAAUAUGGAGCACUAAGAACCACUUAUGAUAAACUAUUUACAGCACAGUACUUACGAUCACAGGAUUUUAAGAAUAAACUAUUCAAAAGGCAGAAAUUACAAAAUGAUGCUAAAAAUAAUAACGAUUUACAAUACGUGAUACUUUGAGUCGAACCUAUAUUAAGCGGCUGGUAAACCGCUCGCUUUUGAUAAUUCAUGAUAUCAUGUUCCAAUCCCAUAACUUGCUCAUCUUAGGCCCGUUUACAUGGAGAUGGGGGACCCCAGGUAGGUGAGGUAACCCGCUUAGGUGAGGUAACCCGCCUUUCCAUAUAAUCUCUCAUUUUAUCUUGGUCAUGUUUACAUGAUGGGUGAGGGUAACCCGCCAACGCGGGUUUCUCGGUCUGCCAAGUGGGGUAACCCUAUCAGCCAGGGUGACAAUUUGCCAUGUAAACGUCUCAAGGUGGGGUAACCCGCCCAUCUGUCGCAUUCAUAGCAAAAAGCUCAAAAGCUAAACACGUAUGUUUUAAAACUUUGUACAUUUCCUAGCCGUCUCAUGGCAGAAAUCACCAGAAACCGCACCGGACACACAAGGAGUGUAAAAUGUUCACAUUUCGGAAUAUUUAGCGUUGUAAAUCGACCAUAUUUUGUUUCCCAAACUAUUCCUUAUCAUAAGGAAUAGUUUGGGAAUAGUGCAUGCAUUACUCGUAAUAAAAACAAAACAAAACAAACAAACAAAACAACGACAAAAAACUUGUGAUGACGUAAGUUCACUUUUUUGUAUAUGAAGGUCUACUCACAGAAUCCACAAAAAAUUAGAACCCGCAAUUGUUCAUGUUAGCAUUGUAAUAUAGUAUUAUUGGGUUAAAUACUUUGGCACAAAAGCUGCAUGGUAUCUCUUAUUCGCCUGACCUUGCGGGCGCGAUAACCUCAUAGCGCGGUUAUCUUGGGCAUCACUGCAUCAACCCGAAAUACUUUAAACUUCCGUAAUAGUGAUAAUGAUAAACUUCGUUGCUAGAUACGUUGGUUUUUCUGUCUGAGAUGAUGAUGUAAAUUGGCAACCGCAAGGAGUUCUUAAGCUGACGUUUCGAGCGUUAGUCCUUCGUCAGAGCGAAAGAGCUGACGUAAUGUUCACGCUCAAAACUCUUUACAAUGGGCAAUUUCAUAAUAGACUAAAAAAAAACUUGUAAUACCCACCAGCGACAACACCACCACAGUUUCUAUAGAAACUUGCCCCCUUUUUUUUAACUUCAUCGUCGUGUGUCUCAAAAAUUCGGGAAUAGAUUUGAUAUCAGCGAGGUUAGAAUUAUCGUCGUGAGUACAAAGAAUUGUUUAGAAGCUUUCCCGGCUAUCUAUUUCUUUUGUUUUCUUUUCUCAUCUUAUUAAACGAUAUAUCUACGUACUUUAUUUGAGUCGGAUGUGAUCACGCUAUACACUGAUUUAAGCAAACUUCAAAAACUUCACAAUUCUUGCUCUUUAUGGUAAAAGCUGAUUCCGCACAAGCUGCCCAUUUCUUUGAGAAGAGCAUAAAACUUUUAAAGCAAUGCUCUCGGAAAUUCGAAAAUGUGUGAAUUUCGAGAAAAGGAAUCUGGUCGUGCGGGUUUUUUUUCUGUGUUUAUAGAUUAAUCAAACUGUAUCCUUAAUUAGUUCGUUAUUGGAACAAAAGGAAAAUGUUAUGUAGAAUACGAGACAAGGAAACCUGAUCUUGCGGGAUUUACCCAUGUUUAUGAGGAAAUCAACCUCUAUCCUUAUUUAGUUCCAAGAGACUAAAAUAUCUUGAUAUAUUAUAGUACACUAUGCUAGUUUGCAAAAGAAAAGCAUUACGUUGAUUUUUCUUUGGUAAUUUUUUGCCAAACCCGAGCCUGAGAUUUACUUGGGGGUCAGUUUUUAAUUCAAUUUCUUGACCCUGACAACUUAUUCAGUUUCGGAAAGCUCUGGUAUUCUGAAAAAGAUGUAUGAUCGGGAAAAAGCAAAGUGAUUCUUAUAUGCUCCCAACCUAAAAAUGGUACCGUCCUAAAAGAGCUCAAGGUACGCAAUUCACGAAGAAAUAAAGUGCUUAAAAGUCAGACGGUCAUUUAUUACGGCGAAACAUACUUUUUAUCACUGAGAACGGGAAGUCUUUCCCUAAGGGGCUUCUCUAACCCCCUUAAGAAUAUUUCAUCGCCACAUGUUACGUGAGUUAAGCGAAACUAAUUCAGUUAGAGGGUUAUUUUAUCGUGGUCGACGCGAAGUUACCUCAGUAAAAGGAAUUUCAUUUAAGCCGAAGCUAGCAACAUUGUAAAAAUUAUGCUUAUUCAUUGCUGGCAUCAAAACAUUAAAAUUUGUCUUCGAAAACCAAUAUUGAAACGAGCGGAACAUAUAUAUGGCUUAGGGAGGCGCUGAACAUCAAGUAUACAGUUCGCUUAUGAUGACCCUGCGAAAAUUUGGCUAAAAGAGUUUCCAUGAUCGCCGGCAAGCUCUAAAUGGCUACGUUGAAGGCUUCUCCUUCCCUAGAAAGAACGAGGAAAGUAGUAAAAUGAGUAAAUUAAUAACAAUUAGAUGGAUAUUGAAGAGAUAAACCGUCCUCAAAGUUGCGUCAAUCUUGCACAAUAUUGGCUUCCGGCAGAGAAGAAUGCGGAUCAGUUUCAUGUCUUAGUAAUGGCGUAUUUUAGUUAAAUAUAUCACGUGCAAUAACGUCUAAGUUGUUAAGAUACCAAAACUAUGAUUAAUUGUAUUUAUUAAGGGAAGACAACUUAAAUCCUCUCUUAAAUGCAUGUUAGAAGGCCUCGCUCUGGAAAACCUAAACCAGUUGGAUUAAGCAGCGCACCACUUGUAACCUAACUAAGAUGCAGAUUUUUAAGAAGAAAAAGAUAGCUGCCAAGCGAGAAACACUUAUCCUACACCAGUUUGCUCCGACAGAGUUGUCAGUUAGUGGUUCUCCGCCUUGUCUGAAGUUGGAAACUUUCCUUCGUAUGACAAAAAUCCCGUACCGGAACGACCAUCGCUUAAAGUUUUCCAAGAAGGGAAAAAUGCCGUGGAUCGAAUUUAAUGAGCAAGAAAUCGCUGAUUCAAAUUUCUGUAUCCUUUUUCUGAAAAGGGAAUUCAAAGUGGACAUUGAUUAUCAUUUGAACGAGACAGAAAAAGCCAUCGCUCACAGUGUUCGAACCAUGCUGGAAGAAAACACAUAUUGGUAAACGUAGCUUUUUAAGGCAAUUUGCCUGAUUCCUUAAAUCUGUAUCCUAAAGCAGAAUAACAAUAGAUCAUGCCAAUAGAUAACAAGGAUCUCUUAGCCGUGCCUAUCAAAUAGGUUACAAGGUUAUAGAAAGAUAUUUCGAGCAUAUAUAUAUAUUGACGAUCUAAGAAGUUCCUUUCGCGAAGAGUCAUCUGUUGUUUUCAUUUUCACUUGGACUGAUACCGUGAAAUUUGUUUAUUCAGAACAUAAUCUAAAUAGUAUCGAAGGGUUUCACUACACUGCCUCAUUUACCAUUUACAAAAGUGAUGCUUUAAUGAAAGUGGUUCUCUUAAGGGGAAAAACAAGUUUCACAGCCUUAAGUUUUCUCACAGAAUGUUUAUCAUCUUUUCAUAGGGCUCUUGUUUACUGCCGUUGGCUGUCUGCAUUUGGAAAAGAAUAUCGAAGGAAGCUGUUCACGAAAAAGUUUGGCCAUCUCGUCUUCCCCCUUAAACACCUAAUAGCUCACCAAAUAACGAAGAAAAUCAAACAGGAUUUAUGGGGACAUGGCAUGGGUCGACACUCGGAACAAGAACUGUAUGGAAUCGCGCAGAGAGAUUUGCUGGCAGUCUCGGAAAUUUUAGGUCAGAAGAAAUUUCUGUUUGGAGAUAAACCUUGCCUUGCCGAUGCAGCAUUGUUUGCCUUCAUUGCUGCAUCCGCCUGGGACCUUCCAAAAAGUCCGUUUGACGAACUUAUCGAGACAAAAGCACAGAACCUUCAUACGCAUGCUCAGAGGAUGAAAGAGCUUUAUUACCCAGACUGGGAUGAAAUCAUCUCUAGAAAUACAAACCUCGUUUAA